GAGGAGAAUUAGUCCGAGUGGGGCGAGCGAGCUGAGUGGUUGUGUGGUCGCUUCUCGGAGACCGGUAGCACUUGCAGCAUGGCUGACCAACUGACUGAAGAGCAGAUUGCAGAAUUCAAAGAAGCUUUUUCACUAUUUGACAAGGAUGGUGAUGGAACUAUAACAACAAAGGAAUUGGGAACUGUAAUGAGGUCUCUUGGGCAGAAUCCCACAGAAGCAGAGUUACAGGACAUGAUUAAUGAAGUAGAUGCUGAUGGAAAUGGCACAAUUGACUUCCCCGAAUUUUUGACCAUGAUGGCAAGAAAAAUGAAAGAUACAGACAGUGAAGAAGAAAUUAGAGAAGCAUUCCGUGUGUUUGAUAAAGAUGGCAAUGGCUAUAUUAGUGCUGCAGAGCUUCGUCAUGUGAUGACAAACCUGGGAGAGAAGUUAACAGAUGAAGAGGUUGAUGAAAUGAUCAGGGAAGCAGAUAUUGAUGGUGAUGGUCAAGUAAACUACGAAGAGUUUGUACAAAUGAUGACAGCAAAGUGAAGACAUUGUACAGAAUGUGUUAAAUUUCUUGUACAAAAUUGUUUAUUUGCCUUUUCUUUGUUUGUAACUUAUCUGUAAAAGGUUUCCCCCUGCUGUCAAAAAAAUAUGCAUGUAUAGUAAUUAGGACUUAUUCCUCCAUGUUUUUCCUCCCUUAUCUUACUGUCAUUGUCCUGAAACCUUAUUUUAGAAAAUUGAUCAAGUAACAUGUUGCAUGUGGCUUACUCUGGAUAUAUCUAAGCCCUUCUGCACAUCUAAACUUAGAUGGAGUUGGUCAAAUGAGGGAACAUCUGGGUUAUGCCUUUUUUUUAAGUAGUUUUCUUUAGGAAUUGUCAGCAUGUUGUUGUUGAAGUGUGGAGUUGUAACUCUGCGUGGACUAUGAACAGUCAACAAUAUGUACCUAAAAGUUGCACUAUUGCAAAACGGGUGUAUUAUCCAGAUACUCGUACACUAUUUUUUUGUACUGCUGGUCCUGUACCAGAAACAUUUUCUUUUAUUGUUACUUGCUUUUUAAACUUUGUUUAGCCACUUAAAGAAAAUCUGCUUAUGGCACAAUUUGCCUCAAAUCCAUUCCAAGUUGUAUAUUUGUUUUCCAAUAAAAAAAA